GCUUGUCUGCAAAUCGAUAGCCAGUGUCUGAGUGCGGCGCACGCCCAGCUGAACACAGCUCUGCCGGUUGUAGCAGCAUCUGUCUCCAGUAGCAAGCUCUCGGCAUCUCUGCCUUCCACCAAUAAUUUAUAAUUUAAAAAAGAAAACAUAGAAAAAAGGACAUUUGUUAGCGUUUCCGCUCUGAAACUUACUUGUUUUUUGCAGCCACUUUAUAGGAAGAGGGGUCAUGCAGAAAUCCAACUGAUUCCCACGUCUGCCUCUCCCUCCCUCCAUCCUCCUUCUCUCUAGCUCACACAUCCACACCCACACCCAAGGAUACCCUGCUUGCUUCACUGCAUCUCCACACCACCCCAUUUCCCCCCUGCUCCUCUUCAAAAUCUCCAACUGCAUCUCCUUACUGAAACCCCCCCAAAAGAAUUCUCUCCGAAAGACUUCUGUGGAUGCUCCUCUGUUCCCUGCUACCUGUGGAGGUCCUCCAGUUCCCUUCAGAACGCCUGACAAAGAGGAAGCAUGCUGGGCUUGGACGUCUGUGAGUUUGGGGGUCAGGCGCUGGAGCUGCUCUGGCUCACCAUGUGCUACAGAGGGCUGUUGGCUGACAAGAACAACUUGCCAGUUGAGGAAGAGGAGGAUGAAGGGAACCUGAACUACAAUCCUCCAACUCAGAAGUCGCUGCAGGAGAUCCAGCAGAUGGACAAAGACGACGAGAGCCUGGUGAAGUACAAGCAGACUCUGCUGGGGCCGGAAGCUGUGACAGCAGACCCCUCUGGGCCAGAAGUGAAGGUGACCAGACUGACCCUGGUGUGUGACGAGGCUCCUCAACCAAUCACCAUGGAUCUGACAGGUGACCUGAACGCUCUGAAGGAGAAGAGCUUCACCUUGCAGGAAGGAGUGAAAUACAGGCUAAAGAUACACUUCAAGGUGAACAGAGAAAUAGUUUCUGGCCUGAAGUACCGGCAUGUGACCUACAGAAAAGGAGUGAAAAUCAACAAGAUGGUGUUCAUGGUGGGAAGUUACGGCCCCCGGGAGGAGGAGCAGGAGUUUUUGUGCCCCCCUGACAAAACGCCAAAAGGCGUCUUGUCCCGUGGCCAAUACCUAGUCAAGUCCUGCUUCACUGAUGAUGACAAGAAUAUCCACCUAACCUGGGAGUGGAACAUCAACAUCAGCAAGGACUGGAACUAAGGGAGCACAUUUUGGCUCCUCUUUUUCUCCUGUUCUUCAUCUCAUCCCUUAAUAUUGCCCUCUUCCUCUUCUUCCUCUGGGUCCUUCAGAUCCUAGAUUCCUCCGUUUCCUUUUCUCUUCUCCAGCCUGUCCUAGAAAGGGAGUCCGUUAUGAAAGGGUAGAUUUAGCCGAAGAUAUAGUGUGGUGCUCAUGAACAACAGCUCCCAAAGCAAACCAAGCAGUUUUGUUUAAUCUAAAUCUAAAUUCAGGGUUAUGAGAUGCCUAUCUUCUAGCUUGAGGUGACUUUUGCCUUCAUUCUUUAAUGCUUAAUGAAAGGAAUGCACAUUAACGUAGUUGGAUAUCAAUAGUAGCCUGUAAAAAGUUAGUCAUAAAUCACCAAAUUAAAAGCAUCGCUAUACACUUUAGAACAAAAAAACAACAACUUCUUUUUCACAAAAGAAAAUGAAAAUCAAGAGAUGUUUUUUUAAGUGCUAAUUUUUCUACUUGUCUUUAAUAACAAAUAUACAAUCUUUUUUUAAUCUGAGCUUUACAGUUUCUCCUUUUCUUUAUUGUAAAUUAUAAAAAAAGAAACGCUGACACAAUUUUGUUUCAAAAAGUAUUUUAAGUUAUACUUGAUCAUAUGAGUUUUAAUUUUUCUUCCUAAAAGCUCAAAGUUUGUAGAAACAGCACAACUAAAACUUGACUGUAUAUAUUGUAGAUGGAGAUGCAUGUAAGUUCCGUAGGAUUUCACAAUGUUUGCUGUAUGUGAAAUGUUUUCCAAAAAAGUAAGUUUUCACUGAUAGUAAACGGACUAGACGUAACUAAAGAUGUGUUUGAAGCUUUCCAGCUAAUGAAAAUGAACAAAAAAGAAGACUUUGGAAUUGGUUCAUGUAUCCAAACAUAACACUGUUUUAUUGAGUUGUUGUGGUCUAAGACAAACUGUAAACAUUGGUUUAUUGUGUGCUGCAUGGUUGAAUUCUUUUUUUUAGGAAUAAAUUCUAAAUAUAAUGAAUUUUGAAAAAUAAGAAGAAGCAAAAAGAUCCAUGUGCCCAGGUGGUUGCAGUUCCUUCACAUAAAGUAUUUACAGGGAUUAUUUCUGAAGGCUGCAAUGAGUUGUCUGUAACAAGUGUCGCAUCUUCUACUAUUGCUGUUGAAUCUCUUGUAUCAUAAUACAAUAAUUAAUAAAAUUAAUUAAAAAAAAUUCAACAACUAAA